GCCUCAUCCGAUUGCGCUGACUCAUCUCUCAAGGAGACAUGGAAUUUAGAGCGACCUUUCACAUCUUCGCUGGGCGUUCCACAUCAAUGGCCUCAUAGUGUGUCACCGAAAUUAAGCAUCAUCUCUGAUGCUGGAGACCAACAGCAAUUACGUCUGAAACGAACUCUUGCUCAGCCAGAGGAAUCGUUCGAUGAGAAUUAUGACAUCGAACAGUCCCUAGCUUCCUUACCACCACUGGGGCCUACACACGAGCUUCAAGAGCAAAUUUUGGAUGCCCGACAACGUACACGGAACAACGAGGGACAAAUAAGGAAGUUCAUUCCCAAAGAGGACUUGUGUCGUGUUGUAAACACAGACUCUGUUACUAGAGCGCUGAUGAAAGAGUUAUCGCAAGUUCACUCGCAUGAGCAGAUCAGGUCUUAUGCCAAAGUCAUAUGCACAGAGCUUGAGACCAAUGAGAUACAAAGAGGCAAAGCGAAGAUCAAAUCCUUUCGGAAAAUCUUUGCAUUACUAGUUCUGGUUGAAGCGGCAUCAUCAAUUGUACGCUUUCUAGACGAAGACGUGAGUGACCAAGAUUUACCUCUUACCUUGGUGAGACGUCAAGGAACCGAUGAGUUGUACCGUAAAGGCAAUCGGAACAAGAAACCCUUACGAUGUUUCAAGCUGUCACCGGUCAAACUUGAAAACUUCCAGGAGUAUCAAUGGUGGAUGCUGGCACCUUACUUUUCACCGGGCGAGGAUGGCGUCAUGAAACAUUACAUCCUUCAAGACGAUCACAUCCUCCCAUUUGUCGACCCGGAUGAUGCGGAUGAAGGAGGAGUCGUUAUCAAAACGGGGGGGUAUGGCCGGGUUCUCAUGGUACGCAUACACCCAGAUCAUCAUAAUUUUCGAGAUCGACAGCUCUGUGAACGUGGCUUUGCGAUCAAGCAGCAGAUCUACGAUUCCGAUCGCGAUACCUUCAAGAGGGAAGUGAGGGUCCUAAAAGAAUUCAGUGGGGACCGAAGUCACCCACACGUGGUUUCCCUUCUAGCUACUUACGAGCAAUUCCGAAAGUUUCAUCUCAUCUUUUAUCGCGCUGAGGGUGAUCUUUUCGACCACUGGAAGAAGAUGAAGCCGCGUCCGGACCUAACAUACAGCAAUGUUGUCUGGGUCGCCACACAGUGUACAGGGAUCGCUGAAGGGUUAUUGAAGCUUCAUAAGCUAUUGUCUUUCCACAAAGUACAAGCUGAAAUGGUGGAGUCUCAGUCAGAAGAUAACAACAUUUCAACCGAAAAGCGCGUCAGAAUAAUUGAACCGAUCCACGAUCGCGUAGGAACAGACUCUUCCAUCCUCUCGAAUGGGGUGAAGGAGCGAGCCGCCAGUCCUAUCAAGUGGCCCAAUCAAAAGGACGGUCAUAGGUUCGACAGUAACGAAGAUGCUCGGUGCAAACAGUACGGUCGCCACGGCGAUAUUAAUCCAGCGAAUAUCCUCUGGUACAAUGGCAACGAUGAUGAUGCAGGCUGCCUGCAAGGAACCCUCAAGAUAGCAGAUUUUGGUCAAGCCGAGCUUAACUCUCUACUGAGCAGAACGAAGCGACGAAGCGUUGCCAACACACUCACCUAUCGGCCUCCGGAAUGCGAUCUACCAUCAUCAAUAAUACGACAGUCAUACGAUAUAUGGUGCUUAGGCUGCGUAUACCUCGAAUUCGUAACAUGGCUACUCGGAGGGGAACAACUUCUUAUGAAAUUUGUACGGCUUAGAAUGGCACCCGACGUUUUUCAACAGGGUCAGCUUUCCGACACUUUCUUCCAAGCUGUACGUAACCAUGAAACGUUUCCUCCCGAGAUAGAGAUCAAACCAAAGGUCACCCAGUUCAUUGAUGACUUACAUCGGAAUCCUAAGUGCACUGUAUAUCUUCAUGAAUUCCUAAAUAUGAUACAGAACGACAUGCUAGUUGUGGAAUCAAGCGAACGAAAACAAUGCGCAAGCAUUUGGAAUAGACUUGAUUCUAUGACUCGUAAAUGCCACCAGGAUGAGGACUAUGCAGCGACAUACAAUCCAUGGUAUUUCAAGCAGACGUCAGUGUCGCGCUCAGUAGAGCUUAAGAUGACCCCCGAUGUUAGGCAGGCUAUCGAAAAGAACCUUCCCCUUCGCCCCGCUACUCCCGCUCGCGCUGUUUUGACCUGGUAUAUCAGGAGAAGCAUUAGGAGGUCUGUGUUCAUGUUGAGGUCGAGUGUACCAUCAUUAAUUUCUUUAGUGAUCGUGCUGGAAUCCCCGCAGUGUGUAAACCGCCCAUUCCAAACAGCCCGGGGGAAGGGCAGGGUCCGCAUGCAGCUCAGUCGUGGGGUCCGUUAUUGGCGCCAUGCAGCUGCAUGUUUUGGGGUGAUACCCCGUUCCGUGUACGCCGAGCUGAGCACCCAUCGGCAUAGGUUUCCCGACGUCAGAAUACUAGAUUCGAUGGUCGAUGGAACAUUCCAUGAUCCGGCUCGCUCCUAUCUACCUGAAAGCGCUAUCAAUGAUCUUAUCGUUCAGGAUACAGUAGAGCAAGAGCUAAGAAAAAUUGAAGAAAAUCCCACAAAAGAAACUCGCAACUUCAACGGCGAAUUUCGAUCAAAACUCGCCACGUGGAUAGUGGAGAAUGCUCGCAGGGUUUUUGCGGUUACCAUACAGUGUGAUCUUCAGCCUCGGUUUUUGUUCUUCUCGAUGUUGUUGUUUCGAAGCCAAGAUUUCACCGAUAGUAAGCUAGCCGACCUUCAAAGUUCACGCCCCCCAUCGCAAGAGUUCAGUAAUAGGAUAUGGAAGCCUCUACAGCUUGACACUUUUUUCGAUAAGCGAUGGAAGUUCUUGGUGCCAGUCUUCUCUCAAGCUAAGUACGAUUACGACCUUUGCGCGGAACGCAUAUUCCCCUUUACGUCGGAUGGCGCAGUUCCUAAAGACGGAGCUUUUAGUUCGGUGUAUCGAAUCAAGAUACAUAAAGAUCACCAGCAGCACCCAGGGCUGCAGGACAUUGCCCUCAAGGAGCUAAAAGUGCCCCGAGGCGAUGAACAAAGCGGGACAGAUAGGGCAUGGGAGCUAGAAGCGAGCGCAUUGGAGGCUAUCAACAAACUUGAUCAUCCACACAUUGUCAAGUGUAUCGCAGCCAUCCGGAGAGGCAAUAGUCGGUAUUUCAUGUUCCCAUGGGCCGACGGCGAUAGCCUUCGAGACUUCUGGGACGAAACACCAAGACAAGCCCCGAAUGCCAACAUCAUCGAACAGGCGAUCGUUCAGCUAAGAGGCAUAGCUGACGCUCUAGAUCGACUUCACAAUUUUGACGGUGGACGUUCAGAUGACGAUGCUAUCGGACGUGGUAUAUCUAUUAGACUGGAAACCCCGGUGGUUCAAGAAACGCAACUACACAACGAAACCAACGGUGAGCGGCAGGUCAAAUUAGACAAUGAGGUUGACGACUACAAGAACGCAGAGAAGGCAGAAUCCAUCAGGCAUGGCGAUCUGAAACCCGAGAAUAUCCUCAGAUUUCUGGACAAACAGUCCGACUUGGGAACCCUGAAAAUUGCCGAUAUGGGGCUUGCUAAACGCCAUGUAGUCGCCACGCAGGAACGUGGAAAGGCCACAAGCACGAGAUAUGGCACUCGUCGCUACGAGGCUCCCGAAACAGUUACUGCUAAGAAUGCCCGAUCCCGACUCUACGACAUCUGGUCUAUGGGAUGCAUAACCUUCGAAUUCAUCAUCUGGAUCCUGUAUGGAAAUGUUGAGUUGAAAAAUCUAUACACACAAAUCGAAGGGAAUGCACAACAGGUCUGCCAAUACUACGAGAUUGUUGACACGAAUGAGCUGCAAGGCGCCAGAAUCCACCCGGUCGUACUUCGAUGGCUGGAGCACGUUGAGAAGAAUGAUCCUGAAUGUUCAGUGGACUUCAACUCAGCGAUCAAAGACCUUCUAAGGCUCGUACGUGAGCAGCUUCUUAUAGUCCCCUUGCCACCUAAUCGUAAAAGCUCAACCGUUGGUGGUCGUGGCUUAGCACCUCCAGCUCUGGGUCAGACAGUCACACGGUAUCGUGCUACUGCCGCGCAAUUCCGCGAUGCUCUUGAUGGUAUAUUGUCGAAGGCGAAGGUACCUGGGUAUAUCUUCACGGGAAACGAUCGUACGAAUAUCAAUCCGCCAAGACCCAAAUCCUCUACCUUACUCUCCCCACGCACGGCAAAUCGAAGUGAAUAUUUUUCAUUUCCAAAGCCGAAUUCGCCUACACUCGGCCCACUCAAGAGCGGUGUUCUAGGUCGUCCUGUAGGAGCUGAUUAUACUCUCCCACCUCUGAAAGACUGGCAGUUCUACGUCGACAACACAUUUGCGGAGAAAGUCACAACUGCAGCCGGAAUAAAGACAUUGUCACCCCAACUAGGUAAGCAGCAAAGGCUGUGCAACCAAUGCUCGAAUCUGAACUUCUGGAAAGGCGGUUUCAGUAUCGAAGUCAAAGCUUCAGACUUGGCGGCUAAGGCCGCAUCUUGCCAGUUUUGUAAGAUGUUGAAUGACUCCUUCAAUGAGGCUGAAGAUGCAAGAGGAGACAAGGCCCGGUUUACUCGAGACCAGUCUUCCAUACUGAUAUCUGGAGACGCAUUUCCUGUCCUUUCCAUCGUGCGUAGUCCCGAACUGAACACUCCGUUACCCAUCCAAGUGGGAUUUCCUGAGUUACCUGAGCCUGGGACUAAUGUAUUCUUCAGUAUCACUAGAAUGUGGCUCGAGGAUUGUGACUCAGUUCAUGAACGUUGUCAGGGGUUUUCUGAAAGUCUUCCAACGAGGCUGAUCGAUGUCGGCACUAUUGAUGCACCUAUGCUUCGCCUCACCGAAACGAAUCGAGGCAAAAUCUCAAGCAGGAAAUACAUUGCCCUGUCGCACCCUUGGGGCAACACACAGAAGUACCCCCCAUUUAGUACCAUGCGCAAAGACAUGGACAUGUUCAAAGAGGCAAUACCUGAGGACAAGCUUCCGGCAACAUUCAGAGAUGCCGUCAAAGUCACCCGCGAGCUAAGCAUCCGCUACCUGUGGAUCGACUCCCUAUGCAUCAUUCAAGGCCCAGACGGCGACUUCAACGAUGAGGCAAAAAGAAUGGAGGAUGUCUUCAACGGAGCAUUUUGCGUUCUCGCCGCGAGCAGAGCAAACAGCCAGCGUGACGGCUUCCUAGGUCCAAGACCAAAACGCGAAUACGUUACCUUCCAGCACGAUGCUGAAAAGCCCUUUUACGUUUGCAAGAACAUCGACAACUUCAGUAAAGACGUCAUUGAGGGCUCGUUAAAUAAGCGCGGAUGGGUACUGCAAGAGCGAGCCUUAGCGCGACGGACUAUCUACUUUACGAAGAGUCAAACUUACUUUGAGUGUGGGGAAGGGGUACGCUGUGAGACACUGACAAGAAUGCAGAAUAACAUGGCAGACUUCCUCGGCGACCCCAACUUCCCCGACAAAGCUAUGCGAGCAAAUCGCGCCGAGAAGAUUGCUUAUUUCCAAGGUCUGUACAAGCAAUACUCCCGCCUAGAUUUCACGAGGUACGAGGAUCGCCCAUUCGCUAUUGCGGGUCUUGAAAAACGACUUCAAAGGGCUUUUGGCACGCGAGGUGCUUAUGGCAUCUUCGACGAUGGCGAUAAAACCGACGGCGGACUUUUCCACAGGAGCUUGCUUUGGCAGCGCGGCGAGGAGAAAGGAGAUGCGGGGAACCUGACACCCAUCGAAUUCCCUCCAGAACGCAAUGUACGAGUCCCCAGCUGGUCUUGGAUGGCAUAUAAGGGGGGUAUCGAUUAUAUCGACCCUCCCUUCAAUACUGCGGACUGGGAAAUUGAAGAGGUCGUACCGCCUUGGACCCGCGGUGGCAACCGAGACACGGAUACAGCCCCGCAAGAUGGUGAAAUAGCGAUUAUUGCUACGGUUAGGGACUUCAAAGUCGCGGGACGGCAGCCGGGAGAGGUCGAGCUUACUUAUGAUACCGAACGAAUGAGGGGUUCUGAUGGACAGCGCACGCAGUGUGUCGUUGUUGCAAAGACAAAAGGAGCAAGUUCAAAUCAAACUAGGCGAUACUAUGUGUUGCUAGUGAACUCGAUGAAUGCUACCGCAGGGCGAGGGGAGAGGUUUUAUAGACGAGUUGGGGCGGGCGUCAUGCUAGGGAAGUUCAUCACUUUCGACUCUCCUGGUAUCGCAGCGAAGAUUAUUUGA